GAUCACCGCCGUUGGAGAUCGUCACACACAGAUCUCUCCAAAAAUCAAUUCGAUCUGGAGAUCCGACGGUCGUUGUCAUGUCGAUCAAGGGCAGUUCAUCACCAUCGCCACCGAUUGUGAUAAGAUCUGUGUGGGCCUAUAACCUAGAAUCUGAGUUUCGUUUAAUUCAAUCAAUCAUCGACGAUUACCCUUACGUUUCAAUGGAUACAGAGUUUCCUGGCGUCGUUGUUCGUCCCAACGCCGGUUACAACUACUUCCGUCACCAGAGCCCUUCCGUUCACUACCUCCUCCUCAAAUCGAAUGUUGACGUUUUGAAACUUAUCCAGGUCGGUCUUACCCUUACCGAUGCCGACGGGAACCUCCCUGAUCUAGGAGAAACGAACACCAACACACGUUACAUCUGGGAAUUUAACUUCAAGGAUUUUGAUCCAUCACGUGACCAGUACGCUUCUGAAUCGAUUGACCUGUUGAUACGACAAGGGAUUGAUUUUCAGAAGAAUCAUGAUUACGGGAUAGACUCCGUCAAAUUCUCUGAGCUGAUGAUGUCAUCUGGGUUGGUCUGUAACGAGCUUGUGAGCUGGGUGACGUUUCAUAGCGCUUAUGAUUUCGGCUACCUGGUUAAGAUCUUGACGGGGCGGUGUUUACCCGAUGAAAUGACCCGAUUCAUGGAACUUUUGAAAACUUUCUUUGGGGAUAAGGUGUAUGAUGUUAAACAUCUGAUGAGGUACUGUGAAGGUCUUUAUGGUGGGUUGGACCGGGUGGCUAAGACCCUCGAGGUGGAGCGGGCGGUUGGAAAAUGUCACCAGGCCGGGUCAGAUAGCUUGCUGACAUGGCACGCCUUUCAGAAGAUCAGGGAUCUUUGCAGCGGUGGGCCUGAGAAGUAUGCCGGCGUUCUCUAUGGAUUAGAGGUUUUCUGAAAUGAUCGUCAUGGUAGAUAGUAGGAGUUCCCCUUUUAAUCCUAUUAGCAAAUCAACAGCUGUAAAUUUGUGGGCUUUUUAAUAUCAUUUUCCCUUUGAUAA